AUGAGCAUCAAUUUUGCCGCGACUGAGGAGGAAACCAUUCAGUAUUGGAGAGAGAUCGAUGCUUUCCAAACACAGUUUCGACUUUCGCAAGACCGGCCAAGGUUCACCUUUUAUGAUGGUCCGCCGUUUGGAUUACCGCACUAUGGGCACCUCCUCACCUCUACCAUCAAGGACAUCAUUCCGCGGUACUGGUCUAUGAAAGGGUACCAUGUCACUCGCCGCUUUGAUGGAAUCGAAAAAUAUAACGAUGAGUGUCGGGCCAUCGUUAUGAGGUAUGCGGCCGAAUGGAGACAUGCCAUCGAACGCUUAGGGAGGUGGGUUGAUUUUGACAAUGAUUACAAGUCGAUGGAUCUCAAAUUCAUGGAGUCCUGCUGGUGGGCGUUCAAGAAGCUCUUCGACGACGGGCAAGUUUACCGAGCCUACCGGAUCAUGCCCUACUCUACCGCCCUCUGCACGCCGCUUAGCCAUAUGGAAUCGAGGCAGAACGAGAAGACGACUCGAGAUCCUGCCAUCAUGGUGUCCUUUCCUAUCCUAGGCGUCGAAGGCAAGGAGGACGCCUCGCUCCUUAUCUACACCACCACUCCUUGGACACUCCCUUCAAAUCUGUUCAUUGCUGUCCACCCCGACUUCACAUAUCUCGAAAUUCUCGACGAGGCAACCGGCCGCCGGUACAUUAUGCUGCAAUGCGGCCUGUCCAUGCUCUACAAAGAUCCGAAGAGAACGAAAUACCGGGUCCUCGGCAGGCUGACUGGCAAGUCCAUGGUUGGGUGGAAGCGAUUGCUGCAGAUUACGUCGAGGCGGACCAAGGGACCGGCCUCGUGCACCAGGCGCCAGCAUUCGGCCAAGAACCUUGGUUAUGAUGCGGCGGUGUCUGCUGGCUUCACCACACCCAGCCGCUUACCGCCUUACCCUGUCGAUGAUGAGGGUUGCUUCACUGCAGAGGUUUCGGCAAACCGUUAUUGGCGGACGCCGAUUCCUCUCUGGGUCAGUGAUGACUACGAAGAGAUCGUCUGCGUGGGCAACGUUGAGGGACUAAAGGAACUGAGCGGCUUUGAAGGGCCGCUGGACGACAUCCACCGGGACAAGGUCGAUGGGAUCACCAUUCCUUCAAAACGUGGGAAAGGUGUUUACGUCGAGUGGAUGAAGUUUUUGACUGCUGGGAGCAUGCCAUACGCUUCAAAUCACUUCCCCUUUGAGAAUAAGGAUGAGUUUGCAGAGGGCCUGUUUCCAGCGGAUUUCAUCGCAGAGGGCCUUGAUCAGACUCGUGGCUGGUUCUACAUCCUGACCAUUCUUGGAAACAAGCUAUUCGGCAAAUCUCCCUUUCGAAACGUUAUCGUGAACGGCCUUGUUCUCGCCCAGGAUCAAAAGAAAAUGUCCAAGAGCCUCAGAAACUACCCUGAUCCCACCAUUAUCAUCGACGAAUAUGGGUCCGACGCAUUGAGGCUAUAUCUCAUCAACUCUCCAGUCGUCAAGGGAGAAUACAUCCGGUUCAACGAGUCUGGGAUCAAGGAAGUCGUUUCUCGUGUCCUGUUGCCUCUCUGGAACAGUUAUCGUUUCUUCCACGAACAAACCCUCCUAUACAAGAAGACGACAGGUCAGGACUUUGCGGUGCGCGCCGUGUGGGACAAUGGAGGGCCGCAGAAUGUCAUGGACCGGUGGAUCCUUCCCGAUUGUCAGAGUCUGCUUCGCUUCAUGGAAGAAGAAAUGCGAGUGCGACGGCUGUUGCAAGUGAUCAACAACCUAACCAACUGGUACAUUCGCUUCAACCGCAAACGUCUUAAAGGCGUUGUGGGGCUCGGCCUCGACGAUACCACGGCCGCCCUAAACACGCUGCUGCAGGUUCUGUUCACCCUCAUGCGCGCCCUUGCUCCGUUUGCGCCCUUCAUCACCGAGCACAUCUAUCAGCUCCUCCGACCACAGCUGAGCGUGGUCACGGCUCAGUUUGAAGACGCAAGAAGUGUGCAUUUUCUCCCCUUCCCGACCGUCCAGGAGGCGCUGUUCGACGAGGUCAUCGAACGACAGGUCUCGGCGAUGCAAAAGGUAAUCCAGUUAGGGAGGUUGGCCAGGGAACGGCGCAAUUUGGCGCUCAAGACGCCGCUGUUGUCGCUUGUGGUGAUCGCCGACCGCCAGCCCUUGGCCGACAUCGAUUCUCUCAAAGUAUAUGUUCAGGAAGAACUCAAUAUCCGUGACAUUAUUUUGACUGACGAAGAGGAGAGAUACGACAUUCUCCUCGAAGCGAGGGUGGACUGGCCGACUCUGGGCAAGAAGCUGAAAAGAGAUGUUGAGCUUGUUCGCGGGGCCCUUCCAAGCCUUACCCAGCCACAGCUCAGGCAGUACCAGGGCGAGAAAAGGAUUACCGUUGCAGGAGUAGCCCGGGAGAUGAUCAACCGCAUUCAGCGCUUACGCAAAAAGGCCGGCCUGGUGCCUACGGACGACGUCCACAUGCGGUACCGUGUUUUGGCUGACCCAGAUAAGAUUGGGCUUGAUCGACUGGUGGCUUCUCAGCAAGACAUGUUUGUGGCCGCGCCCAGAGGCUGGCCCGAGAAAGCACAAGAGAACCCGAGCGAGGGCUCUCUAAUUUUGGAGGAGGAACAUUCCGUGGGCAGUUUGGUCCUAAAACUACAGCUCGCUCGGCUUGAAUAA